CUCGACAACAGCACCAACAAAUCUAAGAGCUCUUGUUCGAAUUGGUUCCCUGAGAUUGUCGGAUUAUAAAAAAUCCACGAAACGAUCUGUAGAGGGAGCCUUCGCGGAUUCUCUCUGAAACCCAUCUUCUCUUCGUGAGGAGGUGUUCUGUAUUGAGUAUGUCGUCGCAAUCCUGCCAUGGAAAGGAACCAAACGGUGUAAAGGAGGAAGGAAAUGUUGCCCCUUCCUCUGCUGUCAUUGAUUCUCAAGCUGUUGAGGCUACGAGCGUGAAUCAGUUGGUUCUUUAUGACCCCAAGGGGAAUAAUAAUACUGAAGAAGAAGAAGAAGGAGUGGAACCUGAACCUAUCCAAUCGCAGCCUUCUUCUUCACACAAAACACAGUGUCCUUCUAUUGGGGCCUUUACGGUUCAGUGUGCGACUUGUUUCAAAUGGAGACUAAUGCCCUCGAUGGAGAAAUAUGAAGAGAUAAGGGAACAGAUUCUUGAGAAGCCGUUUUUCUGCGAAACAGCUUGUGAGUGGAAGCCCAAUGUGUCUUGUGAUGUUCCUGAAGAUAUCUCUCAAGAUGGAACCCGUGUCUGGGCUAUCGAUAGGCCUAGUAUCUCUCGCCCACCCGCUGGCUGGCAACGCCAACUCCGGAUUAGAGGUGAAGGUGGUACCAAAUUUGCUGAUGUAUAUUAUGUUGCUCCCUCUGGAAAGAAGCUACGAUCGAAUGUGGAAGUCCAAAAGUACCUGAAUGAGAACCCGGAAUACAUAAGAGAAGGAGUGAAGCUUUCACAGUUUUCGUUCCAAAUCCCAAAACCUCUGCGGGACGAUUAUGUAAGGAAGCGCCCAGCUCGGCUAAUGGAACCAAGCGAUGAUACAAACACCCCUGUACCUAUUGAAGCUAAUCCACUGGCAUUGGUACCCCCAGAUGCUCAGAUUGCAAUGCAGCCAAACGAGCCUGAACUUUACCAUUCACCCUUGAAAAAGGCAAGAACAUCAGAGCUCCUAUAAGUAUGUGUAGCUAGACAAGACUCAACUAUCCCUCUUCAUUCGUCUUCAAUGGAAAUAGAUUAUAUAUUUAAAUUUUUUGGGUCGGGUACAUUGAAGAAAAUUGAGGAGGACAUGUGAGUUAGCUUGUUUUGUGUGUAUCAUCUUUUGUUACAAAGUUUCUGGAUGUUCAUGGAACUGUUUUUAGUUAAA